AAAUGGUUAUAUAUGAGGGACAAUUGUAGGCGGGUGUUGUAGUUCAAAUUAACAGGCAACAGUCGGAUCUUAGUUGUUUCGUUUUGCGGUGCAGCGGCAGAAAUUAGUUGUGCGUUUUAAAUAUGGCUGGCGGCAAAGCAGGUAAAGACUCUGGGAAGACCAAGACGAAGGCUAUUUCGCGCUCGCAGAGAGCUGGACUGCAGUUCCCAGUGGGUCGUAUCCACAGACACCUCAAGUCGAGAACCACCAGCCACGGCAGAGUGGGAGCCACUGCAGCGGUGUACAGCGCGGCUAUUCUGGAAUACCUCACUGCCGAGGUUCUAGAGUUGGCAGGAAAUGCAUCAAAGGAUCUUAAGGUGAAGCGUAUAACCCCCCGCCACUUGCAGCUGGCCAUUAGAGGAGAUGAAGAGCUGGAUUCACUCAUCAAGGCCACUAUUGCUGGUGGAGGUGUGAUCCCUCACAUUCACAAGUCUCUGAUUGGAAAGAAGGGCCAGCAGAAGACCGUAUAACCUGAAGUGCUCUGAAAGUCGUGCCAUCUCAGGACGAAGUCUGCAUCAAGUGGUUAAAUGUAUUAGAUUAGAACACCUUUAGGAGUUAUUUGUAUGGUUGAGCUUGCAUUUACUCACCUGGGGUAUUUUUUAAAAGUGGCUUCAGAGAAGCUCAUUUUUUUGUGUUUUUGGCUUGGGUUGUUUUGCUUUUUUUCUGGUGCUGCAGUUUUUGUGUUGAAACUUCCUUUUUGUGGCAUUCCCAUGUUUAAAGUGGUGUUUUAAUAAAGCUCUUAUUGGGGCA